GACAUCUCUGAAGACUCAUACAGGUGGAGAGGUUACAACUCAUUCCUCCCAUACACCCAUCAUGUCGUCCACCGAUCUCCCACCCAUCACUCUCCUACUACAGGAGAUUCAAGCUGUCACGUCUGCUAUGAGGCGUAAUCAACGUUGGGCUUCCGCCACAUCCCUUUCCACACCUUCAUCUCAACCCCUGCCCCCCUACCUUCAAGCCUCUCGACUCGCUCGUCGGUCCCGUGCUUCUUCUCAGAGUAACUUCAACAAGAAGCGUGGCUCCUCAGAGGGUGUGGAGGAAGGUGAUCUCAUGGAUGGUUUUGUAGAACUUCGUAGACUGCUCACUGGCACCAAUGAUGUGACCACUUUAGAUCCUCUGUCAUUGGUUCAACCUUUCUUGGCAUUGAUACGAUCUUCUCUCACAUCUGGAGUUAUCACCUCAUUAUCCCUUCUAUCCCUUCAUUCGAUUAUUCUCAAUAUCUUACCAGCAUUCCUCACACCUUUACCCACUUCUAUCGCACCUUCCACGCCUCUUCAAAUAGCUCUCGCUCAUACAACUGCCACUCUCUCUCAAUGUCGCUUCCCCUCCUCUUCUCCACAGCAAGAUGAGCUGGUGCUACUGCGUCUUUUGAGGGUGAUAGAGAGUCUUUCUCUGCAUUUCCCCCUUCCAAACAGUAGUGGGACGUCAAGUAUGCUGGAUCAAAUGGGAGAUGAGAGCGUGUGCGAGCUGCUCGAAGUGGGUCUUGGGAUGUUAGCACGUGCGAGGCUGGGAGAGGGGUUGAGGAACACUGCCCAAAGCUGCGUACAAACAUUAGUAAAAGGAUGCUUCACUAGACUGAGAAGGAUGUCACCUGAAGAUAUGCAAAGGCUUAUGCAGGCUGGUACAGUGGUGACGGUGGAAACGAAGAUCGGGCCAAAGGUCAAGGAGCAGUCACCUGUAGUUGAUGCGAGUGAAGGGUCGGGGUUGGAUGAGAAGACUAUUGAGGGAGAUCUGAAGUCAUCGAAACCAAUAGAACCUUCAAGGCCACCGUUUUCACCCCAUGGUUUACCCACUAUUCUGGAGCUUCUUCGCGUCCUCAUUGCCCUUCUCAACCCUUCUGACCAAGCCCACACGGACUCAAUGCGCCUCUCAGCCCUCGCCAUUCUCAACACGGCACUCGAAGUUGGCGGCACCUCUCUUGGCCGUUGGCCAGAAUUACGUGAAGGUGUCCGAGAUGAAGGUUGUCGAUAUCUCUUUCAACUCACUCGUUCCGACUCACCAGCUUUGCUCACGCAAUCCCUUCGCACCACUUCCACUCUAUUCUCCACCAUGCUCCCUCAUCUAAAACUUCAACUCGAGCUUUUUCUCUCGUACCUCAUCGACCGUCUCACUCCACCUACUCCACCGCCUUUCCCUCAGAUCAUGACACAGUCUCACAGCAGACCUGUGUCGCCUGUAUCUGGGGCCGUCGAUGGUACGCCAGAUCCUCAACGAUCGAAACAAGCUGGAACUCCAAGCAUCGACAUGCACACUCCCGGUCAUUCCACCCCCAAACCCAUAAGCUUGCUGCCUCCUGUUCCAGGUGAGACGAAAGAGCUCAUGCUCGAAACGCUAUCCCAGAUCGCUCUUCGGCCAAGCUUCAUGGUUGACUGUUGGACAAACUUUGACUGUUCCACUGAAAGCGAAAAUAUCUUCGAACGACUGAUAAGCUUCUUGACCCGAGGUGUUUACCCCUCGGGGCCGCCAAAGGCUGACGGUUCCACUCAUAUCUUCGAAGGUCUGGAAAACACACAGCUACUUUCUCUCGAGAUCCUCCUCACAUAUGUCGCUUCCAUGGCUUCUCGCUUAGAGCACGGAGGAGAAUCUUGGCCAUCCCAAGCUCCGCCGGCCCAACUCCUUGACGAGCGCAAGUCACGCAAAGGCGUCCUUCUCACAGGUGCGGCCAUGUUCAACGCCAAGCCAAAAAAUGGUCUCGCGUAUUUGGAGAAAAACGGGAUUAUAGUCCCCGAACCUGGCGAAGGGAACGUAGAAGAACGUCGACUUCGAGCGAUCGCCCAAUUUCUACGUCACUCUACCAGACUCGACAAGAAACUAUUGGGAGAGUACAUUUCACGGCCGGAUCAAUUGGACCUGCUCAAGGCUUUCAUCGGAUUAUUUGACUUCAAGGGUAAAUCUAUCGCUGAUGCCAUGAGAGAGUUAUUGGAAACUUUUCGUUUGCCUGGAGAGUCACAGCCCAUCUCUCGGAUCACUGAAACGUUUGCAGAGCAUUUCAUCUCUUUCAACCCUCCCGAGAUCGCCAGUCAAGAUGCCGUAUAUGUUCUGGCGUACUCGGUCAUCAUGCUCAAUACCGAUCUCCAUAAUCCUCAGAACAGGAAACGUAUGACAAUAGACGAUUACAAGCGCAACUUACGAGGUGUCAAUGAUGGCAAAGACUUUGAUCCCGAAUACCUUGCCGCAAUCCACGAAUCCAUCAAGAAGCGCGAGAUCAUCCUCCCUGAAGAACACGUCGGUCAGCCUGGUUUUGACUAUGCCUGGAAAGGUCUUAUGCAGCGUUCCCGGACUGCUGGCCCCAUGAUCGUCUGCAACACAUCCGUAUUCGACGAAGCAAUGUUCAGAGCUUCAUGGCGACCUUUGAUUUCUGCCAUUGCCUACGCCUUCACAUUGUCGGCUCAGGAUGAACACGUCAUACAACGCGCCAUCACAGGAUUCCGUCAGUGUGCCUCUCUAGCUGGACACUUCCACCUUCCCGAGGUUUUCGACACGAUCGUCCAGUCUCUCGCACCCGCCACAGGACUGCUUGAGGACUCGAACGAUGAUUACCAGAUGACCAAUUAUCCUGUCGUCGAUAAAGACAACACGUCGCUCACCGUUUCACCUCUUUCCGUCCGCUUCGGUCAAUCAUAUCGAUCACAACUCACUACCGUGGUACUGUUCACAAUCGCCAAUGGAAACGGUAACGCCAUACGACAGGGUUGGGGUCAAAUCUUCGAGAUGUUCCAAACACUUUUCAUUCACUCACUGCUCCCUCCUCCGAUGCUUCAGAUGGAAGACUUUCUCGCUGGAACAAGUAUGAUUCCCAUGAAGACAGCAGCGCCUGCACCAGUGCCUGAGCGGAGACCGGAAGGCGGAUUGCUUUCGACUCUGUCAUCCUAUCUCCUCAGUCCGUAUGGUGCGAGUGAGGAUAGAUUGGUGGUGGAGACUAGUGAUGAAGAUGUGGAGAACACGUUGGUUGCGGUCGAUUGUUUAUCAUCUUGCAAGCUUGAAGAGUUAUACGCGGAAAUUUUACACCUCGAAGUGGAGGCUCUCAUUCCUGCACUCAAAGCUCUUCGGUCUCUGGCGGAAGCUCGUACCACAGGCAGAUUAGCCGCGAGAAACGAACUCCGUGCGGAAAAUUCCCCAGGUUUACGACACGAAGGACAACUCCCAUACGACCCCACCUGUGUCUUCCACUUGGAGAUGAUGGUCAGUCUGGCAAGUCGUGGCAAACCUCAUAUCGCCGAAACUUGGCCUAUCACAUUCGAAUACAUUUCAUCCCUCCUGUCUUCCGCUCAAUCUUACAGUGUUUUACUCAUCGAACGAGCCGUCGUCGGCCUACUGCGACUAUGUCUCGUCGUAUCUGAGACUGCAGACUUGCGGGAUCAACUCUACAUUGCUCUCGACGUUUUACGUUCGUUGCCGUCCACGGUGCUCAACGCGGUCUCGGAACAACUCAUGGCUGGUAUAGCGAAGAUUCUCGAGAAAGAUUCAUCCGUCGUCAAAUCUCACACGGAAUGGGGUUUGAUCAUUGCUUUAUUCAGAGCUACUGUUGCUCAUCCCGAAGCUUCCAAAGUUACAUUGGCUAUCGUACAGAAAAUGGCUGCUGGAGGAGAUAGUUAUCCUGGUUUGAGUGAAGAUAAUUAUGCUGGGGUCGUGGCGUUGUUGGAUGAAUUUGCCACUGCUGCUGGGGCUGCUGGUGUGGGGAGGGGAAGAAGAGCUAGUCAAAGUGCGACGUUGGGACCUACAGUGGAGAGGGGAUUAUCAGCUCUGGAUUCGUUGUAUGGGUUGAGGAAUGUGAUUCCGGAUUUGAUGGAGAGUAGUGGGUUAUCAGGACAAGAUGGUUGGAAUACGUUCUGGCUUCCUCCCUUACUAGCAAUUUCCAAACAAUGUGUAAAUAUCCAUCAUUCCAUACGACAACGUGCUAUUGCGCAUUUACAACGUCUACUCACUUCUCCUCAAUUAUUAUCUACCGAACAAGCCCUAGCGACCAUCUUCGAUCGUGUCUUGUUUCCUAUCAUGGACGAACUUCUCAAACCGCAAGUCUACGAACGAGAUCCAUCAGGGAUGGGAGAGACAAGAUUACGAGCUGCAACAUUGUUAUGUAAAGUUUUCUUACAAUACGUUGUGAGAUUGGCAGAAGGGAAUUUGAUAAGUGGUAUGUUUGUUAGAGUUUUAGAUAGGUUAGAGAGGUUUAUGAAGGGUGAAAAGGAAAUGCUUAAUGAAGCUACUGAAUCUUUGAAAAACGUUAUACUCGUCAUGUAUUCUUCAGACCUUCUUUUACCUCCUCCUUCCUCAUCCGACAUUGCCGAUACACGCACAAAGGAACAAAGAGAGAUAUGGACCAGUGGAGCAGAGAGGAUAGAAAGGGUUUUACCUGGUUUCUUGGCGGAAGCUAUGAAACCUACGGAGCCUCAGAGGAGUUCACCGGUGAAGAGUGGGACUACUGUUGCGUGAUAGAAGGGAUGCAUCUGGGUAUUUUUGUCUUG